UGAAAACAAACCACGGAUUAUCAAAUAAACAAUUGGUUUUUAGAUUUAAUCUUACUUAGGCGGUAGCAGUUGUUUAAGAAGUAAUAAACAAUUAAAUUCUCGCAAUGCCUCGACGAAAAGUUCAACGUAAAUCAGAGAAGAAGUAUACCAUUGGACAUGUAUCCCAAGAGGUGAUCCUGAAAUUGGGUGAAACGCAUCCAACGAUAAUGAUGUUCCAGAACUUCUCACAAACCAUUGACGAUAAGCACCAGAGAUAUGAGAGGGUUGUGAAACUAGGCAGGGAUCUCACAUACAACAGCAAGAAUCUAAUUUCUUUUCUACAAGUGAACAAGCCCAACACUGAGUAUCACAGCAAUGCAAAGGAGAUGAUUGCCAAGUUAAUUGAGAAAUAUUUAAAACCCAUCGCUGUUGAACUUGAUGGACAUGACCAUUAUCAAUAUUUGAGAGCUUACACAAAUGGUCUGCAAGAAUUCACUGAGGCUAUCUUGUUCCACCAAUAUUUGGAAAAUGGAGUUAUUGAGAAUUGGAGUGUGGUCAAUGACUACUUCACAUUUAAGACUGAGGAUGAGAAGGAGUUGAAAUUGCUUUUCCCGCAGAUGGAUUUCAUUUUGGGAUUGGCUGAUUGCACAGGUGAAUUGAUGAGGAAAUGCAUCAAUAAUAUAGCGGUGGGCCUCAUUGAUGAUUGUUUUAAGAUAUGCAAUUUUGUUAAGUUCAUUUUAACUGGUUUCUUAGGAGUUAUAGUCGUUGGACGAAAUGAGAUUGGAAGGAAACUAUACACAUUGAAACAGAGCUUGAUGAAGAUGGAAAUGGUGUGCUAUAAUAUUAAGAUGAGAGGGAAUGAAGUUCCUAAACACAUGCUGGCUGAUGUUAGCGAUGUUGAAGAGGAAGACGAAGAAUCAAUGGAUUAAUUAAAAGUUAUCCAUCAAUGAUAUAAUUUCAAAGAGGAAUUAAGCUAAACUUUUUUAAAAUAUUCCACAUGAAUAUAAUAUUGAUUAGUUUCAUUACUGAUCAAUAAUAUACUAUUAUUUAUAAAUAAUUCAUAAUAAAUA